UGCCCGGCCUGAGGGGUUCGUGUCCUUAGCGCCGUUUCCCGCGGGGCGAGCGGCGCCUCCGUUCCGCCGGUACCCCGGGGCCGGCAUGGAGCGAACGCAGCGGCUGGAGCUGUUCCCUGAGCACAGCGUCACGCUGCUCCUCUUCCAGCACGUGAAGAACGCUGCUGCCCUGCGGAAAAAAGCCGUGGAAGGGUCCGUUGAGGGGGCACUGAUAAACCCUGCGAUGAUUGUAGAUCCUUUUCAGAUUCUUGUGGCAGCCAACAAAGCAAUUCAUCUACAGAAGAUAGGUAAAAUGAAGACCAGAACACUCAAUGCAGAAAUUAUUUUCAGCCUAUCACCAAGCAACAAUAUUUCGGAUGCAUUUAAAAAGUUUGGCAUUUCAGACAGCGACACAGCAGUACUGAUUGUGCUGGUUGUGGAUGGAGACAAGACUGUAAACCUGGCAGAUAUAGCAUCUCAGGUGGAAGGCCAGCAGGUUUCCCUAGAUGAACUCCCCCAGCUAACAGACACUGCCAAAAUUAAAAAGAUGUACAAAGUUACUCCACAAGAAGAAAAAAUUGGCACCUUAUUGGAUAGUGUUGUUUGCAGAAUGUCAACAAAAGAUGUUUUGUGAAAAUGUGGAAAUAAAUUUCAGAGGAAGCGAAGUAGC